CUCCAGUCUCUAGUCUAUCUCCUUUCUUAUAUAGUUAAAUCUGGACCGCGAACAAUGCUUCUUCCACUGGUUUCUUGCCGCUCUGCACGUUCCCGCUGUAUUGUUAACAGAAUUUAAACCCUAACCCUAAUUAGAUUUAGAUUUCCCAUAAAUCUGAGAUCUACAAGAUUCCAAACCUGACUUCUAGCUUCUUUAUUGCGUUCUUUUAUUUGAAUUCCUGUACCUGUGUUUCGUUUCGAUCUGGAGAGGCUCCCUUGAUUCGGUUUCCGAGAUUUCAAUUUGAUUUUCGAUGUCAUGGCGUUGUUAUUUUACACGUGUCCAAGUUUUUUAUUCUUCCAAUUGAUACAGCGGUUUAGCGGUUAAUGACAAUUUCAAAAACUAUUGGGAUUGAUUGGAAUUUCGUGAUGCUUGGUUUCAGAGUUUUGGGUUGUGUUGGGCAUUGACUAUAUGUUUGCAAAUGUGAAUUCUUACGCAAGUUACCAGAGAACCAAUUUGGAUUCAAUCACCAUUGAAUUUGGGUUUAUUUCUUGGUAUUGCUUCUACCCUGAAUGCUGUCGUCUGGUUUUGCGCUUCUCAUAGUUGUGAGUGUGGACUUUGCCAAUGGGGAAGGGUGCAGUUUGUCUGGACAUCUCAACAGAGGUGGUGGGUAUUGGAAAAGAGAAUGCGUCAAGAACUGAAUUGAAGAGAGACCAUCAUUUUCUGAUACAUGACACAGUACCAGAAGCCUUUCCUAAUAAGAAACAAGCAAAAGAAGCUUCAAAUGAGGAUAUAAAAUCUGAAGUUUCCAAUCCUGUAAUUUCUCCAAAAGAUAAUGCUUCCACUUGCCAGGAUAUCACUAGCCAACCAAAUGAAUUGACCGCAGGUAAGCAAGUGGGUGCUGGCGAGGUCACAUCAACGUGUUCUGGACAUUCGAGUCCGCUGGACACCCUGAGCGAGGGUGGAAAACAUAGGAGUCAGAUCGAUCCUUCUCAAUGCGACCUUACUCUUAAUGGUACUUCUGAUUCUGUCACUACAACUCAUGUUGUAUUGGAGAUCCCCAAGCAUGCUAGGUCAUCUGGUAUUAGGAAGAUUACAUUGAAGUUUAGCAAAAGAAAAGAUGAUUAUGAUACCCAGAACUUCACUUCAGUUGCUAAUCGUCUAGGUAAUGGGAUAGGUCAAAAACAUUUUUGUAGUAAAGAACGCGGGAAGAACUACUCUGCUUGGGUUGAUUCAGGAACAGAAAUUCUUGCAAGUGAAGAUAGAUAUUUUUGUGCUCCCAAUAUGGAAUUGAAGAUGUUUAAGAAGGUUGCUCCCAGCAACUACCCCACAAAUGUCAAAAAGUUGCUAUCAACUGGUAUACUUGAUGGAGCUAUGGUUAAGUAUUUUUCUCCGGAGCGAGAGCUAGAUGGAAUUAUAUGUGGUGGUGGAUACUUGUGUGGCUGUAGACUGUGUAAUUUCUCAAAACAGGUUCUUAGUGCCUAUGAGUUUGAGCAACAUGCUGGUGGUAAAACUAGACAUCCAAACAAUCACAUAUACUUGGAGAAUGGGAAACCAAUUUGCAGUAUUAUUCAAGAACUAAAAACUGCUCCGCUUAGUGUGUUGGAUGAAGUUAUGAAAGAUGUUGCUGGUCCGUCCUUAAAUGAGGAAUUCUUCCAGGCUUGGAAAGCUAGUCUUCAACAAAGCAAUGGAAUAACUGGACCAGAGAGAACAUGCUACAGCAUGCUUCCUUGUUCACCUAGUUCGCUUGCAAGAUUACAAUCGUUUUACAGACCUGCAUCACUUUUGCAACAAAAGAAGACAAAUGGAGGAGGCACCAAGAGAAGGGAUAACGAUCUUCACCGCUUACUUUUCAUGCCAAAUGGUCUUCCAGAUGGGGCUGAAUUGGCUUAUUUUGUCAAAGGACAAGAACUGUUGACUGGUUACAAGCAGGGAAAUGGAGUAGUCUGCAGUUGCUGUGAUAACGAGAUUAGCCCAUCUCAAUUUGAAGCACAUGCUGGAAUGGCUGCCAGGCGUCAACCAUACCGUCACAUUUAUACUUCUAACGGUUUGACGCUCCAUGAUAUAGCUAUUUCAUUGGCUAAUGGGCAAAGCAUUACAACUGGUGUAAGUGAUGAUAUGUGUGCAAAAUGUGGUGAAGGAGGAGAUUUAAUCUUUUGUGAGAGUUGUCCUCAAGCUUUUCAUCUAGUGUGUUUGGAUUUGCAGUGUGUUCCGGAAGGUGUUUGGCGAUGUUCAAACUGUAAUACAUUUGCACAUGGGGCGAAUUUUGCAAGGCCAAUUGUUAUUCGAUUGACUCGAGUAGUUAAACCUCCAGAAUAUGAAGUUGGUGGUUGUGUUUUUUGCAGGCGUCAUGAUUUUAGCACAAAUACCUUUGAUGACCGAACAGUUAUCCUUUGUGACCAAUGUGAGAGGGAGUUCCAUGUUGGUUGCUUGCGGGAAAGUGGACUAUGUGAUCUAAAAGCCCUCCCCAAGAAUAAUUGGUUCUGUUCUAAUGACUGCAAUAGGAUCUACAUGGCUCUAAGGAGUUCUGUUUCUAGUGGAAUACAGAUGAUUCCUCCUUCACAGUUGAAUAUCAUAACUAAAAAGCAUGCUGAGAAAGGAGUAUCUAUUCAUGGACCAGCAUACGAGGAUGUUCAAUGGCGAAUUUUAAUGGGAAAAAGCCGUGACAGAGAAGAUCUUUCAUUGUUGUCUGCAGCUGCUGCAAUUUUCCGGGAGUGUUUCGAUCCCAUUGUUGCAAAAACUGGUCGUGAUCUGAUUCCUGUUAUGGUCUAUGGGAGAAAUAUUUCUGGACAAGAAUUUGGGGGGAUGUACUGUGUGCUCUUACUUGUAAGGGACAUUGUUGUAUCAGCUGGUCUUCUUAGGAUAUUUGGUAGGGAAGUUGCUGAGCUUCCUCUAGUUGCGACAAGUAGAGAACACCAAGGAAAGGGAUAUUUCCAAGCACUAUUCUCAUGCAUUGAGAGGUUAUUGUGCUCUCUGAAUGUGGUAAACCUGGUGCUACCAGCAGCAGAGGAAGCUGAGUCAAUCUGGACAGGAAGAUUUGGCUUCAGAAAGUUGAGUGAAGGACAACUAUCAAAGUAUACAAGAGAGUUGCAGUUAACAAUAUUCAAGGGCACAUCAAUGCUGGAGAAGGAGGUCCCCAAGAUAAUCGAGUAGCAGCUUCAACUCCCUGGAAUUAUAGAAUACAAAAAGAAAAAUGUUAGGACUUAAAUAGGUUUUAGUUUUUUCUGGCAGUUUCUCCAUUUCUGUAAUAUGCUCUGCUGUUUUUGUUUUGUGGGUGGCAGGCAGCCCCGUCUUAUUGAGGAUUGUUUUCUUUGUACUAACUAGAGUAGAAAGGUAGAAGAAGAAGAAGAAGAAGAGGGGAGAAAUGAUUUUGAAAAUAAUCAGAGCAUGCUGACCUUUUAUAAUGCAGGCUUCAUGAAGUCCAAAUA